AGAGUAGGGAAUUUCCCGAAUAAACACGUUGUGUUGCUUCAUUGUGACGUAGUUGGUUAAACAAUCUGCAUCGCGAGAUUGAUUGUGACGUAAACAUAGUCAUGUAUUCUGCAUAUCUUUUGUUCGAAGAUGGGUCGAAAUAUGAAGGUUUCAGUUUUGGUGCAAACACGAAUAAAGAGGGGGAAAUUGUUUUCCAAACUGGUAUGGUUGGUUAUCCGCAGUCACUCACCGACCCCUCGUACUUUGGCCAAAUACUGAUGCUGACGUAUCCGUUGGUUGGUAACUAUGGGGUUCCCGGGGAUAAUAUUGAUGAAUAUAAGUUGUCAAAAUGGUUUGAGUCGAGUAAGGUUCAAGUGUCUGGGUUGGUCGUUUCGGAAUGUUGCGAACGUCCGAGUCACUGGAGCGCGAAGAAGUCGUUGUCGUCGUGGUUAAUUGAACACGGCAUACCUGCGAUACAAGGAAUUGACACACGGGCAUUGACAAAGAAAAUUCGAACGCAAGGUACAAUGUUGUGUAAACUAAUCACCCAGUUUGAUCAACCAGUUGGGGAGAAGUUCUACAACCAGAACGACAUUAAUUUGGUUGAAAGGGUUUCGACCAAGAAUGUUCUUACAUUUAACGAUGAUGGAAGGUUCCAUGUCGUUGCAGUGGAUUGCGGAAUUAAACAAAACCAGAUCAGGUGUUUAGUAAAGAGGGGAGCGCGGGUUACUGUCGUGCCGUGGGAUUUUAACUUUAACAACUUAGAAUUCGACGGAUUAUUCUUGAGCAAUGGUCCGGGAGACCCAGAAAAAUGUGGAGCAACAAUCAAGAAUAUAAAAGAUUUUCUUGCCAACAAACGAACGAAACCUUUAUUUGGUAUUUGCCUCGGUCAUCAACUGCUAUCAUUGGCCAUAGGAUGUUCUGCGUUUAAAAUGAAGUUUGGAAAUCGUGGGCAGAAUCAGCCAUGUGUGUUGGGAUCAACUAACAGAUGCUUUAUUACAUCACAGAACCAUGGAUUUGCAAUCGACACGUCAUCUUUACCCGAAGAUUGGCGUCCAUUGUUUGUAAACGCCAACGAUCACACGAAUGAAGGAAUAAUAAAUAAUUCAAAGCCUUAUUUCACUUGUCAGUUUCACCCCGAACAUGAACCAGGACCACAGGAUCUUGAAAUUCUCUUCGAUGUUUUCCUUCAAUCCGUGCAACAACACCUUGCUAAAGACGAGACAACAAACAUAGAAAUCCUAUUAAAACAAUACCUUGGGGAAUCCCCAUCAACAAAGGCAACAAACCGUGAAGUUUCACCGAAAAAAGUUUUAAUUCUCGGAUCAGGAGGUUUAAGCAUCGGACAAGCAGGGGAGUUUGACUAUUCGGGCACGCAAGCCAUCAAGGCAUUAAAGGAAGAAAAUAUUCGGAUUAUUUUAAUUAACCCAAAUAUUGCAACUGUUCAAACAUCAGCGGGGUUCGCAGAUAAAGUUUAUUUUCUUCCAAUAACCGCUGAAUAUGUGGAACAGGUGAUUAGUAGCGAACAUCCCGAUGGGAUCCUUCUUUCAUUCGGAGGACAAACCGCGCUUAACUGCGGCAUCGCGCUUAAUAAAAAAGGGGUGUUCGAUGCAUACAAUGUAAAGGUUUUGGGAACCCCAAUAACGUCGAUUGAAAUGACGGAAGAUCGAAAAGCGUUCGCUCUCAAGAUGAUGGAGAUCGGGGAGGCGGUUGCCCCGAGUGAUGCUGCGUACGAUAUGCAACAGGCUGAAGACAUUGCCGAAAGACUUGGCUACCCAGUGUUGGUUCGUGCAGCUUAUGCAUUAGGGGGGUUGGGGUCGGGUUUUGCGAAUAAUCAACAACAACUCGUUAAACUUGUUACAACAGCUUUCGCACACUCAACACAGGUGUUUAUUGACAAAUCGUUGAAGGGGUGGAAGGAGGUCGAGUAUGAAGUCAUGCGCGACGCUUAUGGGAAUUGUAUUACUGUAUGCAACAUGGAAAACAUCGACCCUCUCGGUAUCCACACGGGGGAGUCAAUAGUUGUUGCACCGAGUCAAACGUUAACGAAUCACGAUUAUAACCGGUUGCGUUCGACUGCUAUAAGUUGCAUUCAACACCUUGGGGUGGUGGGAGAAUGCAAUAUUCAAUAUGCCAUUAACCCAGAGUCAGAUGAGAAAUACAUUAUUGAGGUGAAUGCUCGAUUGUCACGAAGUAGUGCGCUUGCAAGCAAAGCUACCGGCUACCCACUCGCUUACAUCGCAGCUAAACUUGCACUGGGAAAGUCUUUACCCUCGUUGUUGAACGCGGCAACGAACUCAACCACUGCUAACUUUGAACCAAGUUUGGAUUAUUGUGUGAUUAAAGUACCGCGUUGGGAUUUAAGAAAAUUUUCGAGGGUUAGCAACGAGAUUGGAAGUAGCAUGAAAAGUGUGGGAGAGGUAAUGGGCGUGGGUCGAACUUUUGAAGAAGCUUUCCAGAAGUCGUUACGAAUGGUGAACGAGGAUUGGGACGGAUUCUCACAUUAUUUAGAGCAAGUUUCAGAAGAAACGCUGAGAACACCAACAGACAGGCGGAUUCUAGUAUUAGCUUCGGCAUUGUAUGCUGGUUAUGAUGUCAAUACCCUCUAUGACCUCACAAAGAUAGACAAAUGGUUCAUUCAUAAAUUUAAGAACAUAAGUGACAUCACAAAGGAGUUGGAGAAGUUUGAGUUUAGCGAAAACAAAAGUUCGGUUGAUGCAAAGCAGUUGAUGUUGAAAGCGAAGAAAAACGGAUUCUCAGAUUCACAGAUUGCUAAGCUAACAAAGAGUACCCAACUAUUCGUGCGGCAGUUUCGUAAAUCUCUUCAAAUUCAACCAACGGUUAGACAGAUAGACACGGUGUCAGCUGAGUGGCCAGCUUCCACCAACUAUUUGUAUAUGACGUACGCUGCAUGCAACGAACAUGAUGUCGAAUGUAUGGGCGGGAGCAUUAUUGUGCUGGGAUCGGGCGCGUAUAGAAUUGGAAGCAGCGUUGAGUUUGAUUGGUGUGCGGUACAAUGUGUUGCAGAACUUAAUAAGCUUGGUUACAAAACAAUUAUGAUAAAUUGUAAUCCUGAAACUGUGAGCACCGAUUACGAUCAAUGCGAUCGGUUAUAUUUCGAGGAAUUGUCGUUUGAAUCUGUAAUGGAUGUUUGCGAAUACGAGAAACCUGCUGGAGUAAUAUUAAGCAUGGGAGGCCAACUACCCAACAAUAUUGCUAUGGCAUUGCAUCAUCAACAGGUUCGUGUGCUUGGUUCACUACCGGAGUCAAUCGACAACGCAGAAAACAGAUUCAAGUUUUCCCGAAUGUUGGAUAAUAUUAAGAUAAGUCAACCACAGUGGAAGGAAUUGACACAGAUUGAUGAAGUUAAGACAUUCUGCAACAAGGUUCGUUACCCCUGCCUUGUACGACCUUCUUACGUACUCAGUGGAGCAGCUAUGUCCGUCAUUCACACUGAGGAUGACUUGUCAAAUUAUUUAAAGAAUGCAGCUGAGGUAUCCAAGGAACAUCCCGUCGUAAUAUCCAAGUUCAUCAUGGACGCCAAGGAGAUUGAUGUGGAUGCCGUGGCGUGCGAUGGUGAAGUCGUUGUGAUGGCUGUAAGUGAACAUGUGGAGAACGCAGGUGUUCACUCGGGCGACGCUACCCUGGUUACCCCUCCACAAGAUUUAAACAAUGAAACAUUGGAAAAGAUUCACCAAAUAGUUCGUGCGAUUGGGAGGGAGCUUGAAGUUAACGGACCGUUUAAUCUGCAGUUGAUUGCAAAGGAAAACCAACUGAAAGUUAUUGAAUGUAAUGUUCGAACAUCGCGAUCGUUUCCCUUUGUUUCUAAAACUCUGGGAUGCAACCUUGUUGCUGUGGCAACCCGUGCAAUUAUGGGCCAACCACUGGACAUCAAACAACCGGUUGGUACGGAACAAUAUAAGUCGGAUAUUUUGUUGUCGGGACCGAAAGUUGGGGUGAAGGUUGCGCAAUUCUCAUUCUCAAGGCUUGGGGGUGCCGACGUUAUGCUGGGAGUGGAGAUGGCUUCGACAGGUGAAGUCGCAUGCUUUGGCCUCACAAGAUACGAAGCUUACCUCAAAGCUUUGUUGAGCACUGGUUUUAAAAUUCCCCAAAAAGAUAUUUUGCUUUCAAUUGGAAGUUAUAAGCAUAAAUCUGAAUUCUUGCCGUCGGUUCGGACAUUGGCGCACCUUGGUUUUACUUUGUAUGGCACAGUUGGUACGGCCGACUUUUAUACUGAGCAUGGUAUUAAGGUAAAAGCUUUAGAUUGGCCAAACGAAGAAAAUGAAAAAAAGUCUAAGAAUAUUUCUCAAUAUUCGAUCAAAGAAUAUUUAACGAAUAAUAUUUUUGGACUUGUAAUAAAUCUACCUAUGAGAAGUGGAGGAGGCAGUGGCAGUGGAAGCUCUGCUCGGCAAUCUGCAAACCCAUCUUCUGUUGCAACCAGGGGAUAUUUAUUCAGGAGGCUUGCCAUUGAUCUUUCCGUGCCUUUGAUCACUGAUGUUAAAUGCGCUAAACUGUUUGUUCAGGCGAUGAGAAAAUUAGAUGGAAAAGCCCCUAAACUGCACCCACACAUCGAUUGCAUUACGUCAAAAUCCUUGAUUAAAUUACCAGGUAUGGUUUGAUUGACAGGUGUGUUUGAUUGACAGGUUUUGUUUGAUUGACAGGUGGGUUUGAUUGACAUGUGUGUUUGAUUGACA